AUAUAAAUAAUGAUGAUGCCAUGAUGAACUGCUUAUUACAUAAAUCAUAUCUCAUAUCUCAUAUCUCAUUUCAACAAGUGAACGUUAAAGUCGUUGAAACGAAAUCUUUUUCUGGUAAGAGAUAAAAGUGAGAUAACAGAAAGCAUCAUAUUUGAAAAACGUAAGAGAACAUGUACCAAGAAAGAGGCAUUCUAGUAUCUAUGCAAAUCUUACUGAUUCUUCGGUUUUGCACUUGUAUGGACACCAUUACACUCAUCCAACCAGUUAAAGAUGGGGAUAUUUUGGUCUCUAACGGAGAAACUUUUGCUCUUGGAUUUUUUAGUCCCGCAAACUCCACCAACAGAUAUGUGGGUAUCUGGUAUAACAAGAUUUCCGAGCAAACUAUAGUUUGGGUUGCCAAUAGAGACCGUCCGAUCUCCAAUUCGACCGGCAUCCUAUCAGUGGAUCACACGGGGAACCUAGUCCUUCAAGAAAUCGAUCAAAGUUUUGUGUUUUGGUCAACCAAUGUUUCCGGAGUGGUGAAUGAUAGUUUUACGGCCCAGUUAUUAGAUUCGGGGAAUUUGGUGUUGUUUCAAGGACUAAACAAAGAGGUAUAUUCAUGGCAAAGCUUUGAUCACCCUUCGAAUACGUAUCUUCAGGGUAUGAAGCUUGGCCUAGAGAAGAAAACGGGUUUGAACAGGAUGAUUACAUCAUGGAAGUCUAGUGGGAAUCCUGGUGUGGGGGAUUAUUCAUAUAAACUGGAGUUAGUUGGGUCAACUCAGAUGUUUUUGUUUAAAGGUAUGACAAGAUAUUGGCGGGCAGGGUCAUGGAACGGUCUUGGAUGGAGCGGUGUACCGUGUAUGACAAAGGGUAAUAUCUUCAUUGCUAAUUAUAUAAAUAAUGAUGAUGAGGUGACCAUCGCUUACCAUAUGCACAAUCCGUCCAUGCUCUCUAGAGUAGUCGCUACUGAGUCUGGUACCUUAGAGAGGCUAACUUGGCACGAAUCUGAUCGUAAGUGGGUUGAGUUCUGGUCCUAUCCAAAUGACCAGUGUGAUGUGUAUAACCAUUGCGGUCCUUUUGGCUUUUGUGAUCCAAAUGCAUCAGUUACUUUUGAGUGUGAUUGCCUUCCCGGAUACGAGCCACAAUCACCACAGGACUGGUACAUAAGGGACGGUUCCAAAGGGUGUAAGAGAAAGGUCGGAAUACAUAUGUGCGAAGUUGGAGACGGGUUCGUUGAGUUGGCCCGUGUUAAGAUACCUGACACGUCGUCGGCACAUGUGAACAUGAGCUUGGAUUUAAAAGCAUGCAAAGAGUUGUGCUUGAGGAAUUGCACGUGCAAGGGGUAUGCAAGUGCUGAUAUCAGUAAAGGGGCCGAGGGUGGAGGUUGUAUUAUGUGGCAUAGGUACAUGAACGAUACGAGGACGUUUUUAGAUGGUGGUCAAUCUCUUUAUAUGCGGCUUGAUGCAGCUGAGUUAGCAAAGUACUCAUCAAAGAAGAGCCGAAGGCACAAAAACCGAUUUCUCGUCUUCGGGAUACCAUUGAUUGCAGCAGGCUUUCUCUUGUGUACCUUCAUUUGUUGUUACAUAAGGAAGAAAAAUAAUGCCAAACGAAAUGAAGGUAAAGCUGGUUUCAGUUUCACGGAUAGCUUGAAAACCAAGGAAGGGGGUUUCAUGGAGAAGGAUACUGUCAAAAAUGUGGAUUUAGAUGUGUUUGAUUUGAGCACGAUAGUUGCGGCAACUGAUAAUUUUUCUCCUUCAAACAAGCUUGGAGAAGGUGGAUUCGGCUCGGUUUAUAAGGGUAAGCUACUAAAUGGGCUAGAAAUUGCCAUCAAAAGAUUAUCACAAAGUUCGAGUCAAGGGAUGCAAGAAUUUAAGAAUGAAGUAACGUUGAUAGCGAAACUUCAACACAGGAACCUAGUCCGGCUUUUGGGAUAUUGCUUGCAUAAGGAAGAAAAGAUGUUAGUUUAUGAAUACUUACCAAACAAAGGCUUGGAUUCCUUCAUAUUUGAUCAAGAAAAGGCUUCUCUUUUAGAUUGGAAGAAACGGUUCCAGAUCAUUCAGGGUAUUGUUCGUGGACUGCAAUAUCUUCAUCACGAUUCUCGGCUCAAGAUCAUCCACAGGGAUCUAAAAGCAAGCAAUAUUUUGCUAGAUACAGAUUUAAACCCUAAAAUUUCUGAUUUUGGAAUAGCAAAAAUCUUUGGAGGGGGUGAAGAUGAAGCUAAAACACAUAGAGUUGUUGGAACAUAUGGUUAUAUGUCUCCGGAGUAUGCAAUGCAAGGCCUUUUUUCAGUAAAAUCUGAUGUUUUUGGCUUUGGGAUUCUGGUUCUAGAGAUAAUCAGUGGUAGGAAAAACAACAGUUACUAUAAUGAAAACUCCGUUAAUUUGAUUGGGCAUGUUUGGGAUUUGUGGAAACAAGACAAAGCUUUGGCGGUAGUUGACUCAUCUUUGGGAGAUUCAUUUGAUGCCCGUAAAGUUCUUCUAUGUAUCCAUGUCGGGAUCUUGUGUGUUCAAGAAUUGGCUUGUGAUCGGCCUACAAUGACUGAUGUAGCUUUUAUGUUGAGUAAUAAUGAAACAAUGCUUCCUUCUCCUAAUCAACCUGCAUUCAUCUUCAGACAACUGAAUUAUGGUAGGGACUCACCAUCACUAUCAACAUCAACAUCACCUGGUGGUAGUGUUGUCACCGUUGACGAUGAGCCCAUCACCAUCCUUCAUGCUCGUUAAUUUUAUAAUAUCUCAUAAUUAAGCUCUUGUACGAAGACCAUUUAAAACCGUAUCACGCAAAAUGUAACAACCAUGAGUUUUCAACUUUGUAUUUAUCUUCAAAUUUUACUUCCAUUGUAUUUGUACUUCCAUUUUAGUCAAUAAAAUCAUUUGUAUAUCUUUUUCAUCAAUUUCCAUUCACACUUAUUUUAAU